AUUAGACUAUUCAAAGUAUGUGCAACAUAAAUAUACAUUGGCCAUCAGUUAUGGUCAUAAGGCGUCCUACAAAACAAAUCAUGAACUUUAAUACUUGGCUUGUAUAACAUUCAUUUGUAUGCGUCGACAUAAGACUUAACUUCUACUUUGCUAUAUUCUGCAUAGUUUGAGAUUCCCAAAUCAAGCAAUAAAUUAAGGUUGAUAAAGAUAUGCAAUCUCUUGCUGCUUAUGGUUAAGGCCUAAAAAACAUUCAUACAAACUUAGCUUAUACAAAAAAUAAAUUAUUUUCUACAAUCAUUAAACUCUUAGAAAUAAGGACCCUUUCACAAAAUCUAACAAUAUAAAAAAAGAACAAGAAAGAUCUUUUGCCAACUAAAGAACCCUUUAAUAAUUCAGUUCAAAUUUGUUAGCCAUUCUUUCUUUGCAUUUAGCAAUUCACUGAAAACUUACAAAAAGAUUAGAAAUUCUCCCAGACUGUAUAUCUUUUCCCCUAACACACAUAAAAUCAAAAAGGAAGGAGCUAAAAAGAAAAAGAGUUUUAGUGGAAACUAAUCAUUUCACCAACACAAGAGAACUAAAAGGGAGACUGGAAAGAGGGAAAUUCCCCUCAAAUAGAAAGAAUGGAGGGCCAUCCUAUAUAAGCAGCCCACACUCAGGGAGGAAGCACAUUCACUCUGCAAAGGGCUGAAGACUCAGCUUCAGCAUCUACUAGCAGAACAGGUAGCCCUGUGCCUGUUUUCACCAUGACCUACCGGUGCCUCCUCCAGAUGGUUCUUCUGCUGUGUUUCUCCACCACAGCUCUCUCCAGGAACUACAGCUUGCUUCGAUUCCAACAAAGGAGAAGUGAUACGGUGUGUCAGAAACUCCUGCGGCAGUUACCUUCAACUCCUCAACAUUGCCUCGAGGUCAGGAUGGACUUCCAGGUCCCUGAGGAGAUGAGGCAAGCACAGCAGUUCCAGAAGGAAGAUGCCGUACUGGUCAUCUAUGAGAUGCUCCAGCAGAUCUUCAGAAUUCUCACCAGAGACUUCUCCAGCACUGGCUGGUCUGAGACCAUCAUUGAGGACCUCCUUGUGGAACUCCAAGGGCAGAUGGAUCAUCUGGAGCCAAUCCAGAAGGAAAUCAUGCAGAAGAAAAACUUCACCAUGGGAGACGUGACCAUUCUUCAUCUGAAGAAAUACAACCUCGUGCAGUACCUGAAGUCCAAGGACUACAACAGCGGUGCCUGGACAGUUGUGAGAGCAGAAAUGCUCAAGAACGUUUCUUUCCUGAAGAGCCUAACAGGAUACCUCCAAGACUGAACAUCUCCCACCUGUGGCUCUGGGAGUGGACAAUGUGAAGUUGACGUGAGACUCUUCAGCCAGCAGAGGCUCUUGAAGUAACUGACAAUACAAUGCACUGGAUUUCAAUGGACAGUUAAAGACUGUAAGCUAUUUUUAAAUUGAUUUAUGCAUUAUUUAUUUAUUUAAACUUUCAUAUGGGAAAUACAUUAUUUAUAAAACAAAAAUCAACGUGGCAGUUUCCAUGUCAACUUGAUUUAUGUGACAACACAUAUUAAAAAUUGCAGACCACCCUGGAGACAUUUAUUGCAAAGCAAGCCUGCAGAAUACUAGUUUUCUGGCCCCUGCCUUUGAGGGAUUUAAAACAGAAGGAAGACAUGUGGAAUGUUGACGUUAUAGGAAUACGCACCAUGUAUCCGUACAGUUUACCUGCUCUUGUCUCCUCCACUUCUUUAAAUGUAUCAGACAGCCCAUGCUGUAGGGUCAUUAAAAACUCUCAGAUGUGGUAAGCCCUCAAUAAAAAAUAAGUGAAAAAUAAUAUUCAAAAUACUAACAAGUUUACAUCCAUUAAAGAUAGAAAAGUAAAACUAUAUUAAAUACUUGUUUUAGUACAAAGAACAUAUAGUAUAAAUAAAACUUACUAAAAUGCUAUUGUUAAAUAUAAAACAUAUUUCAAUAUUCUACACUUAAUAUUUAAAAAGCAUUAUAUAAAUUUAUUAUGAA